UCUGACCUUUUUCUUUUUUCUGUCACAUUCCACAUGGAAAAGAAAAGUUCUCAAGUAGAAAGACCUGUCGUGUUCUUUGAUAUUUCUAUUGGCGAUGUGCCAGUAGGUCGUAUGAAAAUGGAACUCUUUUCUGACAUUGUACCCAAAACUGCCGAAAACUUUAGACAAUUAUGUACAGGAGAAUACAAAGUGAAUGGUGUACCUCAAGGUUAUAAAAACUGUUUAUUCCAUAGAGUGAUUAAAGACUUUAUGGUACAAGGAGGUGAUUUCCUUAAAGGAGACGGAACAGGUUCGUUAAGUAUCUACGGAGACAAGUUCCCAGACGAAAACUUUAUCGAAAAACACAAUGGUGCCGGUUUAUUAUCUAUGGCCAAUUCAGGACCGAAUACAAACGGAUGCCAAUUCUUUAUUACCUGUGACGCAUGUAACUUUUUGGAUGGUAAACACGUCGUAUUUGGUAGACUCAUCGAUGGUCUUUUGACGUUGCGUAAAAUUGAAAACGUUGCAACUGGACCUAAUAAUAAACCCAAAUUACCUGUCAAGAUUACUGAAUGCGGUCAAAUGUAAUUAUUUCUGUGUAAUAUAUAAUAAUAA